GCCACUGAGCACGGUUGUAUCAAACCUCCGCGGAGCCUGCACCUCCACGGAAUUACAGUCACAAUUGUGAAUUAAAAAAAAUAAAUCCCAUAGUCAAUUCCCGCCUUCCAUUUUCGAAUAUCGAACUUUUUUCUUUUUAUAUACAAGUGUUGAUCGGUUCAGUCUAGUGUAGUAUUUUUUUAAUUUGAGGUUUUAAUAUAGCUGAUAAGUUUUUUUAUUGGUUUUAGAGUAAGAUGUGCGUUUUAUGAGUGUAACAGUUAGCGGCGGCAAACGUUUUGGCCGUGUCGUGUAUUACGUAACGGUUCCGGGGAAAAUCGAUAUCCUGGGCGUAUAAAUAGCGGCGUACGGUUGAAACAGCUGGCCGGCCGCCAGCAUCAUGGAGCCUACGAGGAUGAGAAGGCCUCGUCGACAUCGAUGGCUGACGGUGUCAGUAUUCUUCAUAGCAUACUCCGUGUUCCAAGCUAUCUACAGCCCAUCAAACGCCUCGGAGCCUAUCGACAAGCCAGCUGAGGACGUCCUCAUAGGACCCACCAAUAAACCCGAAGUUACUGCCAAACUUGGAACUACUAUUGAUGAGAGCCCACUAUCCUCGGCCCCCAAUACUCCACCAUCGGAGAAGAAGACAGAAGAAGAGGAAGGUCCCCCGGCAGGCGGCAAGAAGGGCAUGAAGGGGCUCGAAGAAGAUGACGAGGCUGACAAGAAGGAUCAAAAGGAUGCCGGAUAUGUUGAGGACAGUGAAACGGAGGAAAUGCGCGAGGAGGAGAGAGCGAACUGGAAAUCGAACCCCACUGUAAAACCUUUGCGGGUCAACUGCUCGCCGCCUGCCAUUGAACAGUUCCCAAAACCACUGAUGGGCCAAUCGGCCCGCAAGCACGGAGGGCUGAUCAUCCACAUCUUGGUAGCUGUGUUCACGUUCAUCGGAUUGGCCAUCGUAUGCGACGAGUACUUCGUCUCCAGUCUUGAUAGGAUCUGUGAAGAACUGAAGCUGGCUCCGGACGUGGCAGGCGCCACUUUCAUGGCUGCCGGCAGCUCGGCACCUGAGCUCGCCACCGUCGUCAUCGGAGUCUUCUGUGCUCAGGACGAUAUUGGAGUGUCAGGCGUGAUCGGGUCGGCGGUGUUCAACAUAAUGUUCGUGAUAUCGGUGUGUGCGCUGUGCGCGGGCACGGUGUCCCACCUCAACUGGUGGCCGCUCUGCAGGGACUGCUUCUUCUACGCCAUCUCCAUCCUCGUCAUGCUCUGCACCAUCGCUAAUUCCAUCGUCUCCUGGCCAGAAGCGCUGUUCAUGUUAAUAAUGUAUGGCGUGUACUGCGUCGCCUUGCGGUUCAACACCGCACUCGAACGCUGGGCGAUGACGCUCCCACUGCCAUUCAAGCUACCGACCAGAGAAGAACAGGCUGCUUUAGUUACCUACAGGAGUGCCGGUGGCCAGCCCGCACCCCCGGCCGCAGCCGGAGACACUACAUACGCACAGAUGGACGGACAGACCAAGGAGACUCCUCUUCAAGAAUCUCCCUACAACCCCGGUGGUGCGUAUGACAACGCGGCCUACAACGCUGAGCCCACGCCCGCCUGGGACCCCAACCAGGCCUGGGACCCUAACCGAGCUUGGGAUGAUACGAUGCAAACACCAAUCUACAACGCGCAACAGGCCGUGCAACAAACACAGCAACAGCCCCACGAGCAACAAGUAGCAACAGCGCAAACACAGCAACAAGACGGGCAACAACCACCGCAACAGCCCGCAGCCCCCGCCUACUACAAAGCGAAGGAGUACAACCCUGAGACUGCCGUGGAUCCUCUCGUCAAACCAAUUGGGGCCAACCACUUCCAGUUGGCAUGGUGGUACCUGGUGUUCCCGAUCCACUGGUCGUGCCGCCACACGAUGCCCGACUGCCGCGGCCGAUGGUACCCCGUCACCUUCAUCAUCAGCAUGCUGUGGAUCUCCUUCUACUCCUACUUUAUGGUGUGGAUGAUCACUAUCAUUGGCUACACGUUGGGUAUCCCUGACACGGUGAUGGGCCUGACGUUCGUAGCGGCUGGCGUGUCGGUGCCUGACGCGCUCUCCUCGCUCGCCGUCAUCAAGGAGGGCUACGGCGACAUGGCGGUGUCAAACGCGGUCGGGUCCAACGUGUUCGAUAUCCUGGUGUGCCUCGGGCUGCCGUGGUUCAUCCAGACCGCCAUCAUACACCCCGGCUCACAUGUCAACGUUUAUCAUAAGGGUCUGAUUUACUCGACCCUGUCGCUUUUCUCUACCGUAAUCUUCCUGGUGGUGGCGACCCAUGCAAACGGCUGGAAACUAGAUCGCAAGUACGGCGCCGUACUGAUGGUAUGGUACAUCCUCUUCAUCACCCUAGCCAGCCUCUACGAACUAAACGUCUUCGGAUACUACACGCACCCAGAUUGCAUUUCAAACUAUUAAUUUUUCAACCGACGCCAUUUUUAAUUUUUUUGACGUUUGUUCUGUUAUGUUGGCACGCUUGAAAGUUCUGUCAAAACCAAGAAGGUUUGGUAGAAUCUCGCGUUGUUGGUUGAUUUGAAUUUGGAAUCGAAUUGAACGUAAGAAUAUGAUGGAUAUGAUUUGAAAUUAAACUAACGGAUUGAUGGUAAUUAUGAAUGAAUGUCAUAAAACAAGCUAGAUGUUAUUUUAAUGUUUUAUUGACGACAUAAUGUCUACGAAAAUUACUUUGAUUCAUUGGCUUCGUCAAAAAUGUAACUUAAACACUAUCUAGUUGAAACUUUAACCAAUUACCGGCCUAUGUUUUGUAAUUAUUAUGAUUUGUUUAAUUUACCUAACUAUUACCUAAACUAGUUAAGUUUUAUAAAAAAACGCUAUUGUCUUAUGAUUAAUGAAAAGCAUCGAUGUUAGUUUCAGUGUAUCUUUUAUAAUGUAAGAAAUUUUAUAGUUAGCGUGUAGGACUUUAGCGGUCCGAGGUUAAAUAAUAUUUCUAAACACUUUCACAAUAGAAUUGCUAGUGUUAUUUUACGAAUAAAGUUAAGCGAAUAAUUUUAUUUGAUACACGCUUCUGUGACAGCUGAAUAGUAGGCAAUGUAAGGAAUAUUUGUCAGUAUUUCUGUAUUAGGAACUACAAAUAUGUCUUAUGAAUGGAGGAGACACACAAAUAUGAGAUGAACUUACUUAAAUGAAAUAAUCUUUGUUGUAAAUAGCUUUGUGAAGCACUAGAGUUGCUUGCGCACAAAUAGCUAUUUUCUACCUACUCGUGAGAAUCUCAGUACCUACUUAUAUACACUAAUGUGAGUGUUGUUUAAACAAGAAUAUUGGAUGCUGUUCAGUGAUUUGAUGGUAGGCGUGUAAAAGUCGUACUUUUAACAAGUGUGAAGUCACAAUCAUGAAUAUUGGGCUGUUUUAGCUGCAGAAUGUUUUAACAUUUUAAACUUAAGACGAGAUAUUUACCAUGUUAGUUUCUGAUUAACAGUUUAUCCAUGAUCAUGGCGCUUGCAACAAUGCCGAAAUAUCGGAAACUCAUAGAUAGUAAUAAACAGUGUAAAUAUCCAGUCUUAAGUUCUAAUGUUAGUGUAGUUUAAAAACAGAAUGUUUUGUCUGCAUUCUGUAUCUAUUGUGGACUUUUGGGUGUUUAUGAAUACGACGAUUCGUGUUGAAAAUUAUAUAAAACUAAAUGUGAAAUGUCUUCAGCCUACUCAGUAAAGACAUUAAUGUAUACCUAUAUUGUUACUGUUAACCUGUUUCUGUGGCGUGUUGUCUACGUAUAUGUGACUUGAAGCAAAAUGAAUAAUUCGCUUUAACGUAUAUCUAAAUAUCUUAUGAAUAUUUGCAUAGUUUUAGUAUACUGACAUUUUGAAAACUUAUCUAGUCGCGAUUAUCGUAAUGUGUACUAUAAAUAAGCCGUUUUUCUUUGUGAUAUUAUUUGAAAAUACAUAAUGACUUAGUCACUUUUCAAAUAUUAAAUGUAUAUGUAGUCUAAAUUAUUAGUUUUAGCGUGAAUAUAAUUUUGUAAAUUAUAUUUUUAUUACAAAACAUCGAUGUUCGACGAAUUACUACAAUAGGAAUGAGGAUGUUUGAUUUUGUAUCACAGUUUUGUACUUUUACUACAGCUAUUCGGUAGUGGCAACUGUAGUUCGAAUGUAAAUAGUGUUCAAACUAGUUUUUUCAAUAUUAUGAUCUUCCACAAAAGUAUUGAACAUCAAAAUAUUCUUACCUCUUUAUUUUAUAUAGAAUAUUGUAUAUAAGACUUCGUAUAUCGUAAUGACCUAAUAUAUCCCAAUUAAAUGUACGUACCUCGAUUUAAUGUUAACAACGUUAGCUUAAAGCCUUAAUCUUCAUAGUAGUUAGAAGGUAUAACCCUAUUCGAAGCUACCCAUCUUCCAAACACCAGUUUUCCAAAUCGAUCCAAAUACCUCAAGAUUUCUUCUUCCUUUCUUUAUUAAAGCACCACCCCAUUCCAAUUCUGUGAUCUAUUUAGAUGUAAUAUUAUAAUAAUGUGCGUGUCUAUUUAAAUAAUACCAAAAAUAUUUACUUAGAUAUUUUCAUUAGGUUAGUAAUUUCUGUUAUUGUUGUUUUUAAUAAUACUUAAGAGCCUAAACACGAAGAUAGCUGAGCUAUUCUCAGAUUGUAAUGUAUAAGUACUCAGCUAUCUUAUAGCUAACGUGCGAUAACCAACAUAUUUUAUACACCAUGGUCUUAAAACAACGGCCAUUCUAGUUUAAGGUGUAAUCUAUUCGUGUAAAGCUUAAUUUAGACCAAAACGAGCCUUACCAUCGCUCAAAUACAAACGUUCGAGACAACUAGCGCGUAUAGUCAAUGUUUAAUUACAUAAUUUAGGUAUACCCUGGUAGCAAACUACUAUAGGCUAGUUUAGAUAAACUUAAAGAAAUGCUUCACUCAAACUUCAUACUCGCUCUUUAGAAUUGUUAUAAAGUUUAACAACAAGUAUAUUAAAUACUAAAAUCCCGUCAGAGAAACGUUUUCUCUGCCUACAACGAUUCUAAAAGCGUCAGAGUAAAAUCUGACGCGUAAACUAACGAAGAACUUGUUAACGUAAGUGUCAAUUAAAUCAUAAUAUAUAUUAAAAUUUACUUUAUUCAAUUAUUGUGACAUGAUCCCUAUUUUUAAAUACCUAAUAAUGAAAUUGACGCAUUAUCCUGUACUAUUAAAUGGAUGGAAUGUCCUCUUUAUGACCAACGCUAAAUAAUAAUCUAUGUAGGUUUUUAAAUUCGUGUUCUGAUGUUGGCUAUACACAUUUGACAACGUUCGACCGCUUUCGGUCUGCUUCUUACACGUAGAUAUAGCAUAAAAAUAAUAAUUAAAACAUAAUGUCAUCAAUAUUGUUUCAAAAUGAUCCCAAAACCUACUUAACUAGUAAACGUCAAUUACAUACAAACUUUGUGUAUAUUAAUUAAAUUAAUUCGUAUGUCUUUUCGACAAUAAUCAUUGAAAUGCUUAUCUAUGUAUAAUAUAAAAUGUGUUGCACAUCUCAAUAUAUCAAGGCUCUAUACGACGCCUCUUAUUAUUGGUGUUUUAAAAAGGUAAUGUUCCUAAUUCAAAACGUAUCGAAACUCUUGUGUAGUAAACGAAUGUCUUGCCUAUUUGCUUAAACAAAACUUUAUUGUGUUAUUUAUUUACGCUUUGCAAUAAAAUAAAAAUAAAAGCUACCUACUAAGUAAACCAAUUUUACCUAAUUUUCACUAGCCUUUAUUAAAAAGUAUAAAAAACAGUUCUAAAAUUAAAAAUAUGCAUCAAUUAUAAAUGUCAAUUUGAUGUUGAAUUCAAUUAAAUAGAUAAUAAGUAUAAAUAUACCUUAUAUAAAUAUAAAUAGCCAAUCCCAAUAAAUGUUUCUUAUUUUUAAACAUUUAAAUGUAACGCCGUAUUUAAAAAACGUCUAGAAACGUAAAUUGUAAAACCUAGUCACAGACUAUUUAUUAGUCUCAAUAAAAACUAUUAAUUAAUAUGGCAACCCCUAAAAUAAAAAAAAUAAAAAGGCAUUUUUAUUCACUUUACGUGUAAAUAGUAGUGGACCAUUUUAGAAAGUGACAUUAGAAAAUAUAUUUUAAAAAAUAUAUCUAUCGCUGCUGUGUUCUAUUCUGUUAAAAUAUUAUCUACCUAUAUAGAUAGCUAUAAUUGUAUUAUAUGUUUACGUAGCAAAGGCUUUCAUAUCAGUAGGUACAUAGUACUAUUUAAUGUAAAAUUGUGCACCUAAGCCUAUGUAAAUUGUAUUGAUUGGCACUUGUUUUGAGAGAUUGCCUCAAAGAAAAGACUUCUAAAAGGAAGCGUCCACAGGCCCGCAUCGUACGCAUCGCGAUGACAUACUCUCCCGUUAAUUUUGUAUACAAACAUUGUCUUGAUAGAUGCUUGACAGCAAAUAGCACGGUAAAAAAAAGAGUUAUCCAAUGCGGUGCAGUCAUUUGGGAGAUAUGCGUACAUGCAUUUUAAACUUUAACAAGUCUUUUAAACAAGUGCUGAGCAAAACUAAACAUCGGCAUUAAAAUAAAUUACUUUGCAGCACAGAGUAUUAUAUCAAAUGAUUUUAAAUGUGAAUACAAUUAUUUUGAAAGUUAAUUGUAUUUGAAAAUGUAUUCAAUAUUAAUGUAACACAAAAUGUAUUAUGGAAGCUAUCCUGCAUUUAGCUACAUUGCUACGACGUAGCUUGAUAGUUAUGCUUCGGGCUACGAGAAUGCCUCGCUAUGUUUGUAGCGUAGGUACUACGAUAAUACAGACACGCUCCGAUUUCCGACGGUGACGUGGCAUGCCAUAUUGUAUACCUACUUACAUUAGCUUUCAUGUGAACGUUCUAAACUUCUAACAUAAACUGGAACGUAUAAAAAAUUACGUUUUGACCUUUCUGUUGUUUAUCUUAUUGGAAAUUCACAGCAUCACAGCAGUAGAUAUGGCAUAUGGCAAUAAAUGGGUCCUGAUACCUACCAUUUUAAAAGAGUAACUUAAACUACAUUCCUACAUGAAAGAAACAUUCCAGCUUUGAUUAUUUACCUAUAAACUAAACAGCAAUCAUUUGGACAUAGGCGCCUCAGCAAAAAGAAAAUGAUUUUCUUUUUAUGUUUCAUUCAGAUCCCUUCAAGAACGGGAAUCCAAAAUAUCUCAGCCAAAAAGUAACCAAAUUUUCGGACACUCCCAAAAAUAUAAAAUAUAAGUAUUUUCUAAUUGAUGAACAUGGUUGGAAUGACCUUGGGUGAAGUGGGCGCACUUGUGAAACUUCCAAAACUUAACUGCGGGUGAUUGAUGAAAGUUUAGAGCUGAACUAGAGACCCAUUGCCUAUGUUACUAGGCUUGUAUCUCCAUAGCUGUAGGCUGUAGAUGCAAAUGCCUAUGCAUCUUUCUUGAAAGUAAAGUCACCCUGACUGAACUAAAGUCAACCAGAUAUUAAAAUAAAUCUUUUUUACUCUAGCUAGAAAAUAGCUUGGAUAAUUUGUUUCAUUUCGUUUCCCUGAUUUCGAUGGACUUGUCACUUCGGAAUCUAGAUGUAGCUUGCAUUUAUUAGAAUUUCUGUUGAUCUAGAUAAUAGUUGUCUGAUAAAUAACUAUUAUUUACUUGCGUUGUUUCGUGGCUAUUAAUCAAUUUAGAUUAAAACUUAUGUACUUACUUCAUACUUACGUAUUUUAAGACGACUGAUGAGACGAAAUACGCAGUUUUGUCUUUGAUGUAACAAAAUACAUCGACGAAUAUCGAUAAGACAAACAUCUAGUGUCGUUGUCAUAGCAUUUGUUCUAUGUUGCAAUUUCCCUUAGCUAAUCUUGUAUAUUUUGAUGCAAAUGAAUAUUUGGUGUAUUCAGUAUUAGAUUAUAUACAUACCUAUCCUUGUUAUGCUGUUUAAAUCGGUGUUUUUCUCGAAUGUUACGACUUAGAUUAGGUGUUCUGUACAUAGCUCGCGAGAGCUAGUAAUAAUUAUGUGAAAAUUUAUUGUUAAUUACUGUAAGUUAUAUGACAAUGUUGAAUAAAGUGUAAAAUGUA